AUGCUGCUCUUGGGACUAACAGGUUCUAUUGCGACCGGCAAGUCGACUGUGUCCUCGAUACUCGCCGCUCCGCCGUACAACCUCCCCAUCGUAGACGCCGACAAGGUUGCCAGACUAGUAGUCGAGCCCGGCACGCACGGGUACAACCAGAUCGUGUCGACGUUUGGACCUUCCACGCCCGACUUACUCGUAGAGCCCACACCGGAGAAUGGGGGCGAGAACGGUCCAAAUGGCAAAGGCAGAGCUCUGAACAGACCCGCACUUGGUAGGAGGGUGUUUGGAGAGGGAAAGGACGAGGACAAGAAGAAGUUGAAUGCAAUCGUGCAUCCUGCUGUCAGGAGGGAGAUGUACAAACAGAUGCUGUUCGCAUACCUGCGCGGAAGUUGGGCAUGCGUGCUGGAUGUGCCUCUCCUCUUCGAAUCCGGAUGGGAGCCGCUCUGCGGUACUAUACUGGUGGUAGGAGUAAGCGACCCGGCAAUUCAGAUGCAACGUCUGCGCGCGCGGGAUGAACACCUGACGGAAGAGGACGCGAAGAAUAGAGUUGCUGCACAGUGGGACGUGAGGGACAAGGCGAAGCGGUGCCUGCGGAGAGGCAGCAAGGCGGGAGUAGUCGUCUGGAACGACGGCGACAAAGAUGACCUCAAGAAACAGAUCGACACCGUGAUGGCGACAGUCAAGAGCGGUAGCCCGCAAUGGUGGGCCUGGCUGCUAUUGCUCUGCCCGCCUCUAGCCGUGGCCAGUGGCGCGUGGCACUACGUCCGCGGGUGGUGGAUCAAAAGACAGCGGGAGAGCGAGCAGGUACGAGAAAAGGCGAGACUUUAGGCUUGCAGCUAUGAGGCAGCGAAGCCCUUGUAUGCUGUUAGUUGACUUCGGGCGACCAUUGGGCUUCCUUCUGCGUUCACAAACGCCCGCGAUGAAGCCAGGCAAAGCUUCACGUGUGAGAUCGCGGGCUACUUGGGAGACGAGUGGCGACAAUGAGCCCGUACGGUCUGUACGAAUGAUGCGUGACUAGGAACUAUGCAUGAACGGACGGCACCGUAUCUUGGACAGCCGUUGGCCAGAGCCCGCUCAU